GGGCAGAGCUUUUAAAACACCUGAAAAGAUAUUCAGUCUUGUGGUUCAGCGGAGGAUUCAACUCUGUAUCUGUCAGGCACAAACAUGACGGAGGGAACGCAUCUGCGAAGGCGCGGGGGGCCGUACAAGACGGAGCCAGCCACAGACCUGAGCCGCUGGAGGCUGACUAACGUGGAGGGCAGGCAGACGUGGCGCUACGUGGAGGACCAGGACACCCCGGACAGAGAGCAGACCAUGCUGGAAGCCCACUCUCUCGGCUUGGACACGAGUAAGUUUGUGUCUGGCUCUCCCGCUGCCCUUACAGCUGUAGAUGCAGCUCUGAAAGGGAUGCACUUCUACAGCCAGCUGCAGGCCGAGGACGGUCACUGGGCGGGGGACUACGGCGGGCCUCUCUUCCUGCUCCCAGGUCUCCUGAUCACCUGCCACGUGGCGAAGAUCCCUCUGCCUGAAGCCUGGAAGAAAGAGAUGGUGAGGUACCUGCGCUCCGUGCAGCUGCCAGAUGGAGGCUGGGGUCUACAUAUUGAAGACAAGUCUACUGUCUUCGGCACGUCGCUGAGCUACACCUCAUUAAGGAUCCUGGGAGUCGAGCCUGAUGAUCCUGAUAUGGUUCGAGCCAGGAACAACCUGCACAGCAAAGGCGGUGCUGUGGGUAUUCCUUCAUGGGGUAAAUUCUGGUUGGCCAUUUUAAAUGUGUACAGUUGGGAAGGAAUGAACACGCUGCUGCCCGAGAUGUGGCUGUUCCCCACUUGGACGCCAGCCCACCCGUCCACCCUGUGGUGUCACUGUCGCCAGGUCUACCUCCCCAUGAGCUACUGUUACGCUGUCAGACUCGCUGCAGACGAAGACUCGCUGGUGCUCAGCCUCAGACAGGAGCUUUACGUGCAGGACUAUGGCACCAUUAACUGGCCGGCUCAGAGGAACAACGUGGCAGCAUGUGACAUGUACACUCCUCACAGCACGCUGCUCUCCGUCGCCUACAUGGUGCUGAAUGUGUAUGAAGCCCACCACAGCACCUUACUGAGAGGAAAGGCUGUCAAAGAGCUGUACGAACACAUCCAGGCAGACGACCGCUUCACUAAAUGCAUCAGCAUCGGACCGAUCUCCAAGACUAUCAACAUGCUGGUUCGCUGGUAUGUGGACGGUCCCUCCUCUUCGGCCUUUCAGGAGCACGUGUCCAGGAUCCCAGACUACCUCUGGUUGGGACUAGAUGGCUUGAAAAUGCAGGGGACCAACGGAUCUCAACUCUGGGAUACAUGUUUUGCUGUACAGGCUUUCCUUGAGGCAGGAGCCCAAGAUAACCCUCGACUAGCUGAGUGCCUCCGAGACGCCCAUCAGUUUCUAACCAUCACACAGAUCCCUGAGAAUCCUCCUGAGUACCAGAAGUAUUACAGACAGAUGAACAAGGGAGGCUUUCCCUUCAGUACCCGUGACUGUGGCUGGAUCGUGGCUGACUGCACGGCGGAGGGUCUGAAGUCGGUGAUGCUGCUGCAGGAGCUCUGUCCCUCCAUCGGACUCCACGUCGGCUCAGAGCGCCUGUAUGAUGCUGUCGAUGUGCUGCUGAACAUGAGGAACUCCGACGGCGGAUUUGCAACUUAUGAAACUAAGAGAGGAGGGAAACUCCUGGAGCUGCUCAACCCCUCCGAGGUGUUUGGUGACAUCAUGAUAGAUUACACCUAUGUGGAGUGCACGUCAGCAGUGAUGCAGGCCCUGAGGCACUUCCAGAAGGUCUACCCCGAACACCGCGCUCAGGAGAUAAGGUGCACUCUAAGAGAAGGGCUGGAGUACUGCAGGAAGGUGCAGAGGCCCGAUGGAUCAUGGGAAGGGUCCUGGGGCGUGUGCUUCACAUAUGGAGUUUGGUUUGGUCUGGAAGCCUUUGCUUGUUUGGGUCACGUCUACGAGGAUGAGGACGCGUGUGUGGAGGUGCAGAAAGCUUGUCAGUUCCUGCUGGACCGGCAGAUGCCAGACGGAGGCUGGGGGGAGGACUUUGAGUCGUGCGAGCAGCGGCACUACGUUCAGAGCAGCAGAGCUCAGAUCCACAACACCUGCUGGGCUCUGUUGGGUCUCAUGGCUGUCAGGCAUCCUGACAGGCGAGCCAUCGAGAGAGGAGUGCAGCUGCUCAUCGACAAACAGCUGCCCAACGGGGACUGGCCCCAGGAGAAUAUUUCGGGUGUGUUCAAUAAGAGCUGUGCGAUCAGUUACACCUCCUACAGAAACGUCUUCACAGUCUGGACCCUGGGACGCUUCUCAGCGCUGUACCCCAGCAGUCCGCUGGCUGGGAAGGUCAAGCUGUGAAGACCUUUAACAGGUUCACCAGACUUUGUGGACUUCACUAAGGGCCUGUUUACACGACAGCGAUCUCAGCUGGAAACGACAAAAUAUUUUACCAGAUGUGCCUUUUUUUUAGACGCCAACAGCGUUUUUUCGGGGCUUAAAAGAGCAAAAAAACUAAACCACCCUCCAGAGUGGAAAUCUUAAAAAUGCUCCACCGUAGUGUGUCCGUCUAAAGGGUUGAAAACACAAAAGUGUCUCUGAUCAUCUCAUGCUGGCUCUCAUCACGUUUUCAUAACGUCCAUGUUUAUUUCAGACAAACAACAACAAUCAUGUAGGACUAUUUCCAUCAGUCAGACAUUCAAGUUGCCCUGCAGCUCUGAGAACUAUCAGAAGUCAUUUCAGCAGUUAAUUAUCACAGAUAAUAGAACAGAAAAGAGAAGGCACAUUCAUUUCCUAGGGAUUUUUUUCUGUUCUAUUCUAUUUCAGGCUACUGGAAAGAAAAGUAGGAGAGAAGUGUCUGAUGUGCGAGCUCUUGCUAGUGUUGUGUGGCAGUUCCUCACAUUACCAUCUAGCCACCUGGCUGCAUACUACAUCGAAUUUCACAGACUUUUGAGUAACUGUAUGCACGCAGAUUUCCACCUGAAGACGCCCGUCUGAACGCGGAAUAAAAAGUGAGAACGUAACACCACUUUUGCGUUUUCUGUCGUUUUCACACGAGAGCGUUGUCGUGUAAACGGGCCCUAAAGCAAAACAUAUCAACAGCCUUCAGAGAACCAUGGAAACUGUUUGGUGUUGUGGGCGAACUGUCCUAAAUGGAUUGCAGCUGCACAAUUUCUAGGCGUAGCCCUUUAUGUACUUUUGAAGUUUUUCAGAGUUGAGUCCAUCAGAUUUAGUAGCUCAUUUCAUUUCUUGAAUGACUUUGUGUUGACAUUCCAGGACAGCUCAUCCAACAGAGCUACUCCCUCAAAAACAUGUUGUGAUAACCUGCUGCUAUCCAAGAGGCCCAGUCACUGUGCUCUGCUUUAUAAGGUGUAUUAAAACAUUUCUGUCCAUGCUGCCUUAUACCCCUACUAUUUGCAUUUAGAAUAAAUAAUUUGUCUUGA